CCCAGUCCUCCAGUGUCAAGGACUCCAGUAAUGAGCUGUACAAAGAGUAUCAGAGACAGAGGCAGCGCCUGCAACAGCAGCUGGAGAUACAGGAAAAACAAAGAGAAAUGUAUCAAAAAGAGUUGAUGGAAAUAGAAAAGAAGACCCAGCAUGCCAUGGGAGAUAACCGCUUAUCUGAGGAGCUAAGGUUCUCCCAGGGUGAACUCUCUUUGUCUUCAAUGCAGAUAGGUGGAGAUGUCAACAAUGACAAUAGAUGCGUGUCUGAAAGCUCAUCUGACCCCUAUCAAGUUGACCAGAUAUCCCCUUUCCCCGUGGCCUCCCAAACCCUCAUCCCCCUCCCCAAAGAAAAGAACAAACCAGCCGCCAUCGUCAUAGCCAAACCCCAGCAGCAACAACACCAGCCUGACGUAGACAUCAACAACAAAGGGGACCACGACAGCUCUGACCUUACCGCUAAACAGGAACAAAGUCUAGUCGGUCCAAGCAAGACAGAGACUCGACAGAUUCCUGGUAAAAUUGGAGCGGUCCAACCCACACGCAGAUCUUCAGACAUCACCAAACCCCAGCCACAACCACAGCCACACAAGCCGCGGUUCAUUCCUGUCACAAAACUAGAGGACCAACAAGCCAUCAGGACCAUAGCAUUUCACCCUAAGGGAAACUUCUACGCCAUCGGCUCCAAUUCCAAAAUGCUCAGAGUUUGUGCGUUUCCAAAUAUGGGAAAUUUAAGAGAGGAACAUGUGGCAUACGAGACGAGUGUUGUUUACAAACAUGCCAAACAUCACAAAGGCUCCAUCUACUGCUGUGCCUGGAAUCCCCUGGGCGAUCUGAUAGCCACUGGCAGCAACGACAAGACCAUCAGACUGACCAGGUUCAAUGAGGACACUCUCAGUGCUGAAGGACCUGGCAUGGAGCUGGCUUUCCAUGACGGCACCAUCCGUGACCUAGUGUUCAUGCAGGAUGUGACCAAUCGCUCCUCCCUCCUCAUCAGUGGUGGUGCUGGAGACUGUAAGAUCUAUGUAACAGACUGCGAGACCGGCGCCCCCAUACGGGCUAUGUCUGGUCAUACAGGACACAUCUAUUCCCUGCACACAUGGGGUGGCUGUAUGUUUGUCAGUGGCUCACAAGAUAAGACAUCAAGAUUCUGGGACCUGAGGGCGUCGUCACCCAUUACAGUAGUACCAGCUCCCUCUGGUAGUCCAUAUGCAUCCGUGUGUGUUGAUCCAUCUGGGCGGUUAAUGGUAUCCGGUCAUGAAGAUGGAGUGGUUAUGUUGUAUGAUAUCCGUGGAGCUAAAGUGGUUCAAAGUUUCCAGCCCCACAUAGGUGAAUGCCGGUCUGCCAGGUUCUCCAACAAUGCCUACUACCUGUUAACUGUGGCAUAUGACAACAGGAUAGUCAUCACAGAUCUCCAUGGUGACCUGUUGCGACCUUUGCCCAGUGUCUUGGUGGGAGAGCACAAGGACAAAGUUAUCCAAGGCAGGUGGCACCCCACACAGUUUGCAUUUGUCACCAGUAGUGCGGACAAGUCGGCCAUUUGCUGGGGAUUACCCACAAUCCUUUAGUGUAAACAAUCAUGCUAGAUGUGGUUUAUCAUUUAUUUAUUUUUAUUUUCAAAUGUACAAUUUAACAUAGGAUGCAACUAGUUUAUUAUUAAAAUGUGUCGAUUAUGCUAAAAGAAUGGAGGCAGAAACAAUAGCAACUCUUUGUAUUAUACAUGUUGUGUUACAUAGUCAAACAUCUGUGUUCUAGAUUACAGGCAGUAAUUUCGCAAGUCUAAGCCCACCUUUUAUAAUGUAGACUACCUACACAAUUGUUAUGUGAUACUAUUGCCAGAACUUUUUCUUGACUACCCUUCAUGAAUGCUUGUCCAUGUAAUUUCAUUAGUUUUCUACAGCGAUUGCGGAUAGUGCAUUUAUACUUAACUUUCUGAAUUCCAGA